CUCCUCUACAGCCUUCUUCCAACACGUACCCCCUCUACGUGUUGCGUUCUUUACACCGCCUCGCAACACACCUCACAAGCUCGCUCGCUUACAACAAUCGUCCACAGCAGUACUGGAUUCUCCACCGCGCACCACCACCAACAACACCAAGUCUCGCACGCCGGUGACAAGCUAGCUCACGAAGGAGGGUAACCGAGAGAAGCUCCGUACGAAGCGCGCGCGCCAUGGCGAAGAGCGGCACCGAGGAGUGGCGGAGCAACGCCGACACGCACAAGAUGAGCCCGGAGGAGGUGAGGGCGGCGGGGGUGGAGGCGUCCAAGCGCCCGCCCGGCCGCGGCGGCGGCCCCGGGGAGGUCCUGCACCAGCGCGGCGGCCGCCUGCCGUACGGGCCUGGCACCAUGGCGCUGAUGGGGUUCGGCAUCGUCGGCGUCAUCGGCUACAUGGUGCUGUACCAGAAGGCGAGGCCCGGCACGCCGGCCACCGAGGUCGCCAAGGUGGCCGUCGGGCACGGCGACCCGGCCGUUGGCCGCGACGUCCAGAAGCGCCAGGACGAGGGGGCGCCGCCGCCACCGCCCCGUGAUGGGAAGUAGAUGACUAUACUACUCUAGUUAGGAUUCCAGAAAUAAACGCUGGCGGAAGAGUUGAAGGAUACGCUGUUUUUCUUCCAAGUUAAAGUGUUCAACACUCUGUUUUUCACAGCUCUGGUCGCAUUUUGUUGUGGACCACGCAUGCAUGUAUCUGAAUUUCUGUCUGAAAUGACUCUUGAAAGUAAAUUAUGUUACUCCUCGGUGCUAA